AAAGUAGAAGCUUCCCCCAAUCCUUGAACGUCCCAAUCUUUUUCUUCUGCAUCAUCGCAGAAUCAAAGAUCUGCGUCCUCUCUCCAUCCCUUUCUCUCUCACAUAUGUAAUCUGUAUGAGAGAGAGGGUGCGCGUGUGCUAGGUAACAACGCGCGAUUCGCUAUCAUGUCCGAUUAGCAGUGCGAGGAUGGCAUGACCUCGUUCCGAUGGGCGUUGCUUGGUUCCGAGAGAUGUUGAUAGAGGCUGGCCUUGUAUCCCAUCUAGUCGUUGGUUCCUGGUUGGUUAUUCAUUCGACGGCAACAGUGGUUCUUGGCAGAUACUCGCCAUGCCUUGCACCACGGUGUGAUCGAGAAUCGAUUCGAAAUACAAUGUUUUCACUUGUGCCCUGGCAAGCUCUGUUGAAAAAUCCUUCAACAUCCUAGCUAGGUCGAUGCCGUAAGUAUAUAGUGUAUAUAGUUGUAAUACAUUCAAUCGGUCCAUUGAGCCCCUUCGGCCCUGGUAUCGACUAUCUUUGAGAAAAUCA